CGCUGUGAAAAUAUAAUCUCCAUGACAUUUCAUGGAGAUAAUAAGCUAUUGGAAUUGGGUUUGGUCUAGGGCUGGGAAAAGUAUAGUCUAGAAUGCAUGUUUUUCUUCAACAAAUCACCUUUUCUGGUCCACCAAAGUCACUUGAAACGGGGCCUUCUGCUUGAUUUCACUGACAGGUCAUAGACAAACACCUCCCGAUGCAAACCUUCUAUACCACCUGCCUCUUUUCUUACAGUGUUACACUUUUAAUUUCCCCAAUAAUUAGCUGUGUUCUGCAUACCAACCAAGAGGAAUUUUGCCAAAUAUAUCGUAGCAAACUAUGACGGCAUACCAGAAAAAAUGCCUGGUUGCUUGAUUACACCACUAUUAAGCGUUAUUUGAUUCAGAAAUGAUGACGUCUAGCCAUUUUAGUGUUGCGCCAGCCCCCUUUCUUUGACAGACCAAUGGCAAGGAAGAAUGACAAACCAACCGGCCUUUGGUUGAAGCCGUCUUUCAUAACGGGCAUCUUCUACCGACAUCCCCACGCCUGCACUCCCGCUACCGAUCUUCUUCACAGGAAAAAAGCCUCUUCCUGGUGAAUACUUGGACACUGUAUUCAGAACAAUCUCGUCACUGUUGGUGAAGGCAGUCAAGGCAGGACCGUCCGCACAACAUGGCUGAUGCUAGCAGCAAUCGGUCUGGUGGUCAGCAUGUCAUCUGGACAGACCAGCCAGAGUCUAUGUGGAACAGUACAGAAGAUGAGCUGGACACCUUUCUCUACCCCAACUCCACCGCCAACUCGAGCGACAUGUGGGACUUCGACUUCCCCCUGCCACGCUUCACCGACGUCACCAUGGCUAAGAUCAUCAUCGUGGUCGUGACGUUCGUCCUCUCGUUCAUCGGUAACGUCACGUUCCUCAUCACGUCGUGGCGCCUGAGACGGAACAGACGAGCGCGGCCCCUGCAGAGCCUGCUGGUGCACCUGGCCAUCGCUGACCUGAUCGUGACCUUGGUCACCAUGCCGUCCCUGGGGAUCUGGUUCUACACCGUGGCCUGGCUGGCGGGAAACGGCAUGUGCAAACUCAUCAAAAGCCUACAGGUGCUGGGGUUGUAUUUGUCCACCUAUCUCACCGUGGCCAUCAGCAUAGACCGCUGUAUCUCUGUGGUAAAACCAAUGUGCAGAAACACCGCCAAGCGGCGCAGAAACAUGGUCGCAGUCUGCUGGAUCCUCAGCACUAUCUUCAGCAUUCCGCAGGCUGUGAUAUUCCACGUGGAAAGCCCGGUGCCAGACUUUCAGCAGUGCGUCACGUUUGGUUUCUACACGGCCAAGUGGCAGGAACAGUUGUACAACGGCCUCGUCCUGGUGGUCAUGUACCCCAUCCCGCUUCUUGUCAUCCUGAUCUGUAGCGUCCUAACCUUCAUACGCCUCAAGAAGGAGGGACAAGAUAAAGACACUUUCCGGACCAGAAAUCCGACACGCCAGCGACUUCUGCUGAAGGCCCGUAACAACACCCUGCGCACGACUGCCGGGAUUAUGACCAGUUUCAUCCUCUGUUGGACACCAUACUUCGUCACUCUGGUCUGGAUCCUCUUCUUCAACUGGCAAACCGUGUCUCCCGUCGUCUUUGACGUCCUGUUCCUCUUCGGUAUCUUUAACUCCUGUGUCAACCCUAUAGUGUAUGGUCUCAGUAUGUUCAAGAAGACCACGGCCCGUCCAACCCUUUCUCUCAUCGAGUUUUCCAGUCCGUUUCUGACUAGGUCGGAGCGACGUUCGGCCUCCGUGAACAGUAGAAUCUCAAGAACAUAUUCCCACGUGUCUUUGUCCACAAGACGGUCGUGGCAGCCAUCCAGCGAGUCUACCACAUCAUCCCGUCCUAACGCACUGAACAAUCAGCACAGCCACAGCGCAUCCCAUUUGAUGACAGGUCUCCCCUGUAGGUAUGGGGUCUCUAGACAAGUCCGUGGAGGUAGUCAACAGAAAUAUCUACAUCCCAACACAACGACGUCUCCUGGACCGUCAACAAGGUCGCCAAAGGAGGCAUCUUGGCAUUUGAAGAGAGCGACACUCACCCACGCCCACUCGUCUCCCUCUCUACUCACUUCAAUGGAGAAGAGUGAACGGCCCAAUCGGAGACAAUCUGAAGCAUUGGCUGUGCCGACAUUGCCGACAAUCUGCCUCACACCUCCAUCAGAAAGCAGAAACACCGCUUUCUUCAGCGCCGCACUCUGCCUACUUCACGACGAGUAUGCAAACUCACCCACACAACCGCCGGUUGCCGACAUUCCAUACCAACCAACUGCGGUAAACCAGCAGGGUGACCAACACUAUCUGUCCAGACGACUCUCUGUAGCGUUGCCUAUGAUACCUCCAACACCUGACACACCAGGCAGCUGGGAGACAUCAUCAUGGCAGUUCGUCGGAAAGAUCUCGUGCUCGCUAUGUCGGUAUGACUCGAGUUCUCCCAGUGCGAGUUAUCCAGAUAGAGGCGAGUGUGUUACCGGUAGACCACAAGUCAACGCAAGACGUUGUAUCUCUUUGGGGAACACUGACUCAAAGGUCAAUCCCAAAAUUACAGAGAGACUCAACGCUGAAGUAGUACAGAAAAUGAGGAACAGUGUACAAGAAACAAAGAUCAGUGAAUAUGAUUUGUCUUUCGAAGUAGCGUCUUUCCGUCCUCCACUGCACCGACUGUCGGUCCAGGAGUCUUGUGUCCAGUCAUCGGGCAGAAUGGCCAGUGGAGCGUCCAUUGUGGGUUCAGAGGGUAGCAUUCAAUCUUCUCUUGAAAGCCCUCUGCACUCACCCGCGAGUUCCGUCACUUCAAUAGACUUCAGACACAGACUGUCAUUGUGCUCCUUCAGAGAGGGACGAAUUCCCUCAGAUCUUCACACUGCACUUCGUCCCAAGCAUUACAGCGACGACAACCUGAAGCUGUCGUGCCGUAAAAGGAAAGCGAAACGAAGAGUGUCAUUUAAGACUGUCCAUUUCUUGGCGGAACCGACCGUUUCCGACUCCUCGGUGCCGUCCGAAGGGUCAAACUCAUCAACCCCGGACGAUCACCAAGAGCCGACCCGGGCCAGGAACACGUCCAACCACCGGACCGUCUCGGCUGACAUAAAAUGGCAUGUAGGGUGUCAGCUGACACGGAAGACAUCGUCCACGUUACCUUGAGAAUCAUUUCAUGCCACAUACUUCAUAUUAAACUUUUGUUCAUAACCAUAUUCUAUGUCAAAAAUGAAGAUAAAUUACGUUGUACCUACUUUGGUGAUAUUGGUUCAAAAUGGUUAGAUAUCGGUUUCUUACCCAAAACCUAAGAAGAGAUUAAUGGAACCCUCUCAGUAUGUUUGAUUUUUCACUCGUCAUAUAAUAUAUGUUAGAUGACUGUGAAACUUGGGAAACAUUGUUGUCACAAGUUCUUCAGAAAUUGAAUGAAUAA